UAAAAACCUAGUGUUAAACCUCCCCUGCACUCAUUGCCUCUCAAAUCCUUGUUCUCAUUUUUCUGGCAACUCAAACACAGAAACGAUGACUACUUCAGAUGCAGAUCAAGAACCAAAGCAACUCCAUGUUCUACUAGUAGUUAUCUUACAAGCUCACAUCAAUCCCAUGCUGAGGUUCGCAAGGUGCUUAGCUUCUAAACGCGUCCACGUCACUCUCGCCGCCACCGAAACCGUCAGAAACCACUUGCUCCACCGCACCAACCUCUCCACCGCCCCAACCAAACACUCCAUGAUUGAGUUCGAGUUCUUUUCCGACGGCCUCACCGCCGAGUUCGACCGCGACAAAAGCGCCGAGACCUUCGCCGCCCUCCAAGCCGUCAGCGCCAAAAAUCUCUCCGUACUCAUCAACAACUUCUCCACCAAGAAAUCGAAACUCUCUUGCAUCGUCUUCAACCCCUUCGCUCCAUGGGUCGCCGAUGUGGCCGCGGAGCACGGAAUCCCCUGCGCAUUGCUCUGGAACCAAGCCUGUUCGAUCUUCUCCAUCAACUACCGCUACUACAAGAACUUACUAAACCCUUUUGAGUUCAUGGAGUGUCCGGGAAUUCCAAAUCUUCAAGUCAGCGAUCUUCCGAGCACUAUACUUCCUUCAACUCCUGUUCACUUCAAGAAACUCAUCUCCGAUUCGGCUCGCUGCGCCGAGAAGGCGAGCUGGGUGCUGGGGAACUCAUUUUACGAGCUUGAAAGAGAGAUCAUAGACUCGAUGGAGAGUCUGGUUCCGAUACGGCCAAUCGGGCCGUUGGUCUCUCCAUUUCUACUGGGAAAGAGCGAUGCAGAUGAUGAGAGUUCAGAUUCUGUUGAUGUGUGGGAAGCUGAAGAGUCGUGCAUAGAGUGGCUGGACAAGCAGAGGCCUUGCUCUGUUAUUUUCGUCUCGUUUGGACGAGUGACUGUGUUGUCGCAGAAGCAGAUUGAUAAUAUCUCCACGGCGUUGAAGAACAGUGGCAGGCCGUUUCUCUGGUCUUUGAAGCCGCCGGCGGAAGGUUCUACGAGGGAUUCCGGCGAACUGUCACGUGAGUUCUUGGAAGAGACCAAAGAGAAGGGAAUGGUGGUCACAUGGUGCUCACAGGAGAAAGUGCUAAAGCACAAGGCCGUCGCAUGUUUUAUGACUCACGGCGGGUGGAACUCGUCCCUUGAGACGGUGAUAUCAGGAGUGCCCGUGAUAGUUUAUCCGGAGUGGACAGACCAGCCAACAAAUGCCAAGCUUUUAAGUGAUGUAUUCAAGGUGGGUGUGAGGGUUAGGAUCAAUGGUGACGAAGAAGAUGGAGUUGUUAGCACAGACGAAGUUGAAAGAUGCAUCGAGGAGGUUACUGAGGGGCCGAGGGCAUCAGAAAUGAAGAAAAGGGCCAUGGAGUUGAAGGAAGCAGCAAACGAAGCAUUGGAGGUUGGUGGCUCUUCUGACCAGAAUAUUGAUAAAUUCAUCGAGGACAUUUCUACAAGAUCAGUCUGUAACACUAAACAAUGA